AUGGACCUUAUUGUGCUAUUCCUUAAAGAAGAUGUUUUGCUCGAGAAUAAGUCCGAGGCUGACAAAGUGCGAAGGAAAGCUCCUCGGUUUUGGUUGUCCGAGGACCAGAAACUAUAUAAGAGGUCUUUUUCUUGCCCGUAUCUGUUAUGCGUGCACCCUGAAGCAGUCGAGCUGCUUCUAGAAGAGUUGCACGAAGGAAUUUGUGGAAGUCACAUGGGAGGCAGAUCCCUGUCUCACAGGACCCUCACACAAGGCUACUGGUGGCCAAACAUGCAAAAGGAAGCACAAGACUAUGUAAAAAAGUGUGACCAAUGCCAAAGAUUUGCACCAAACAUUCACCAACCUGGAGGAGUCCUUAAUCCCUUGACCAAUCCUUGGCCUUUCGCUCAGUGGGGCUUGGAUAUUGUGGGGUCUUUCCCUAAGGCAGCAGAGAAUAAGAGGUAUUAUUCCGAUCUUGGAAUAAAGAAUAGGUAUUCCACUCCUGCCUAUCCACAAGAAAAUGGGCAGGCCGAGGCUGUCAACAAGGUCAUAGUGAGCGGACUAAAAAGAAGACUAGACGACGCAAAGGGUAAAUGGGUAGAAGAAUUGCCACACAUCCUUUGGACAUACCAAACUACACCUCGUAGAUCUACUGGGGAGACGCCUUUCUCAAUGACCUAUGGGGCUGAGGCUAUCAUUCCUUUAGAAACUGGAUUCCCCACGCUUAGAACAUGUUCUUUUGCUCCAAGCAGCAACGAUAGGUUGUUGGAAAAGAGCUUAGAUUUAAUUGAAGAACAAAGAGAAAAUGCCAAGGUCCAAUUGGCUUACUAUCAGCACAAGCUCAAAUAA